AUUGGUUGUUCUGUAGCUGUCAGUGUUAAAUCGAUUGCUUAAAAACGUGAAUGCUAUUCCUGGACUUAACAGAUGUGCUCUCUCCUCUCCUCAGUUGCAAUGAAGACCACUGUGUUCAUCAUUCUACUGGUUGCGGUUGUGGCUUUCAGCUCAGGAGAUGAAAUCAUUGGAGGUUAUGAAUGUAAGCCCCACUCCCAGCCCUGGCAAGCUUUCCUUGAUGAUGAUGAAUUUUCAUGUGGAGGAUCUUUGAUUAAUGAAAGAUGGGUUGUGUCUGCUGCUCACUGCAGAUUCUCACGUAAUAAACUCAGCGUCCACCUGGGAAGGCACAAUUUGCAAACUAAUGAAAACACAGGGCAGAAGAUCAAAGUGGAGAAGAUCAUUCCUUUCCCGAAAUACAAUGAUAGGCCUCAUAACAAUGAUAUCAUGCUGAUCAAGCUGAAAAAACCUGUCACCUUCAACAAGUAUGUGAAGCCAAUCCGUCUGCCAAAAAAAUGCCCCUCUGUAGGGGAGAAGUGCUUGGUUUCUGGAUGGGGCAGAACUGCAGCCGGCUCUGCUUCUGUCCUGCAGUGUUUGAAUUUGCCUGUACUCUCACAAAGGACGUGUAAGCGUGCGUAUAAAAAAAUAAUAACUAAAAACAUGUUCUGCGCUGGAUUCAUUAAGGGAGGGAAAGACUCAUGCCAGGGGGAUUCAGGUGGCCCUGUAGUGUGCGGAGGGCAACUGAAAGGUGUUGUUUCCUUUGGCAAUGGCUGUGCUAAACCAAAAUAUCCUGGGGUUUAUACUGAGGUGUGCCGCUACACUAAAUGGAUCAAAUCCACCAUAGCUAAAAACUAACUGUUUAUUCAAUCUAUUUGAAUGAGGAAACAUCAAAUUCUAUAGCAACCAGAGCUUCUAACAGCAGCUGCUGUGAUGCAAUGACUUGAACAAUUAGUGAUUGGCUCUUUUAUUUAGAAAGCAGGACUAUUCAUUUUCCUUUUUCUAUUUUCUUUUGCAUUUUUGGGUGCACCAUCUUUGUAUAUCUUAAUCUUUGAAUUAAAUUCACUCUGAAAUAA